UGUUCUUCAUGUGAUGUUGUCUUCCAUUCAGGGCCUGGGUCCUGGCUGCUACGACACAUACGAUGCUCACAUUGACUGCCAGUGGAUCGACAUUACAGACGUCCCCCCUGGGAAUUAUAUUCUCAAGGUGACCGUCAAUCCGGACUUCUUGGUGCCCGAGUCUGACUUCACAAACAAUGCUGCCAGGUGUGAUGUAAUAUACACAGGGACGCAUGCCACCGCAAGGAACUGCAAGAUCACCAGCCGCCUCCGCUUGACCCAGAAGACAGAGGUCCCUGUAGCAGAGAAUCUCCCAGCCCAGAAGGAUGCUAUUUCUCUCCUGGUUCGUUUGUCUCUCCAGCUCUCUCAGCAUGAGAGCCGCCAGCGAGCUCCACGAAGGAAGGAAUCUAUUUGCCAAGCACGGAUGUUGCAAAAGGCGAGUGCGGUCUGUCUACAUUGGACAUGAUCUCUCUGGCAGCCAGGUGAGCAUCGACCUGGGCCUCUGCCAGGCGCACUGUGGUGGUACCCGAAGAAAGAGCGCAACAGGUUUCGCCGGCAUCUCCCGCCAAUCCUCCAUGCUGGACUUCCUCAAAACCAAAAAGCUACAGGAGAGGUUCCCCAGCUCUCUCGCAGGAUCCGAACCCUCCACCAGGUUGGAGCAUUCCUGCCCAGCGAAUUACCGCUGCGAGCCCAGCAGUGUCCGGGUACAAGAGCUCUUGCUUCUGGAAGGCGUUCGACAGGUGGAGGUGAUUGAGGGCUGCCAGUGCAACGCUAGUCCUUCCGAAUGUCUUCGGCUGCCGUCUCUGAAAACCUUCUUCCCAGACUCCCCUCUGGAACAAACCUUGGACGUCGGCAGGUGUUCCAAUCCAGAACAUCCCGGAGAGGGGCUUUUCUGCCUGCCCAUGGAUUUCGACUCCAUUCUGAUAAAGACCCCAAAUGGGCACCGUUCGGUUCAGAUCGUGGGGAGCUGCCGGCUGAGGGAGCCCUGUUACCGGGUCUCCCACAUGGAAUACUACUACGAGGUGGUACUCAACUCUGCGGGAGAAAAACUGGAGCUGAUUAAGGAAAUUGAUGUUGGAAGAUGCUUAGGGCAAUGUGACCCUGGAAGUCCCUGCCUGCUAAGGGAUCAUCAGAGCCGAGGCAAGUGCCUUGUCUGGCGCGAAGACAUCUCCAGCUCCUGCAACCCUCACCAAUACGAGACACAUACCUUCCGGAGCCGAAGCGGGGAGCUGCGCACUGUCUUUGCCGUCCGAGCUUGCAAAUGCGGGGUCUUAAAGGGUCUGGAACGGGCGCCCCCCAAAACACGAGGUUUAAUUUAGCAAGUCAAUGGGAGGAGGAUUCCGCUUGCCAACGUGUCCCCCAGAUGUGGUUUGUCAAGAGGUGGCGAAUACAUGAAUAAAUGGGUGGGGUUUUUUUUGGGGGGGGAAUUUCGGUUAUUUCAGCCUUCAAGACUCGAUAGUGCACCUACUUAUAAGUAGCUAGAAUGAACAUUGCACAUUUUGGGGAGAGGUUUAGACGGGGCCAAGCUUCCUGUUUGGGAUAUUGUCCUGCUGGGACCAAAGGAAAAAGGAUGUUUUAGGACCUGUUUGGUCGACUUUAUUUCCCCUCUAAGCAAGGAGGGACAUGACAAAGGACGCCCCCCCCUCAACCUAUGAUCAAAUAUGCCUGAAAUAGUGACUCAGGGCAUUUUAAUACUUUAAUAACUUUCCUCUGGUAUAACUGGGUCCAUGUUUUGUACUCUUUAACCAUUGUUGUUGUUUAGUCAUUUAGUCGUGUCCGACUCUUCGUGACCCCCUGGACCAGAGCACGCCAGGCAC